GGUCAGAGAGGGAAACCCUGGCGGGGAGACUCGGCCCCCAGAGCGGCGGCCGCUGGAGGUGCCCGCGGCAGCUGUUUCCUUUGGCAGAUGUGGCCUCAUGGAUGAGCUGGUACAUGACUUAGCCUCAGCCUUGGAGCAGACAUCUGAACAGAAUAAGCUUGGUGAGCUGUGGGAAGAGAUGGCCUUGAGCCCUCGGCAGCAGAGGCGGCAGCUUCGCAAACGGAGAGGCAGGAAGCGCCGUUCAGACUUCACCCACCUGGCAGAGCAUACCUGCUGCUACAGUGAGGCUUCUGAGUCCAGCCUGGAUGAGGCCGUUAAGGACUGUCGAGAAAUGGCCCCAGUCACCAAUUUUAGUGACUCCGAUGACACAAUGGUGGCCAAACGGCACCCAGCUCUCAACACCAUUGUUAAGAGUAAGCAACAUUCUUGGCAUGAAUCUGACUCCUUUACUGAAAAUGCACCUUGUCGACCGCUCAGGCGCAGGCGGAAGGUGAAGCGAGUGACUUCAGAGGUGGCUGCCAGCCUUCAGCAGAAGCUCAAGGUGUCAGAUUGGAGCUAUGAGAGAGGGUGUAGGUUUAAGUCCGCCAAGAAGCAGCGUCUGUCACGCUGGAAGGAGAAUAGUCUCUGGACGUCAUCAGGCCACGGAUUGUGUGAAUCAGCAGAAACCAGGACUUUUCUCAACAAAACAGGACGGAAAGAAAGGAUGGAGUGUGAAGCAGAUGAACAAAAACAGGGCUCUGAUGAGAACAUGUCGGAAUGUGAAACCAGCAGUGUAUGUAGCAGCAGUGACACAGGGCUCUUUACCAACGAUGAAGGACGGCAAGGGGAUGAUGAGCAGAGUGAUUGGUUCUAUGAAGGAGAAUGUGUCCCAGGAUUCACUGUCCCUAAUCUUCUGCCCAAGUGGGCUCCUGAUCAUUGCCCUGAAGUAGAAAGAAUGGAUUCUGGACUGGAUAAACUUUCAGACUCCACAUUCCUUUUACCUUCUCGGCCAGCUCAACGAGGGUACCAUUCCCGCUUGAAUCGUCUGCCUGGAGCUGCUCGAUGUCUCAGAAAGGGGCGAAGGAGGCUUGUUGGGAAGGAGGCCAGCAUAAGUACUUUGGGUACUGAGAGGAUAGGCCACAUCAUUAGUGACUCUCGGCAGAAAGAAAAGAAUAAAGUGUUGGCUUCUGAUUUUCCUUCCAUUUCUGCUUGUGCACAUGAGUUUAAUCCCCUCUCUCCCCUUUACUCCCUGGAUGUUCUUGCUGAUGCUUCUCACCGACGGUGUUCACCUGCACACUGCUCUGCCAGACAGGCAAGCCUACACUUGGGACCCCCAUGCUCACGUGAUAUCAAGAGGAAACGAAAGCCUGUGGCCACAGCAUCUCUGUCUAGCCCAAAUGCAGCAAUCUCAUCAGUUCCUGUGGAUGUGAUGGAGCCAACCACACCAGCGCCACAGGCCCCGAAAUCUCCCAACACUGAGUGGCUGGUCAGGACCUCUGCCCCAGAGAAAGCCGCUGAUUCAGCUACAGCCACAUUUUUUAAGAUGCCACAAGAAAAGAGCCCUGGAUGCAGCUAGAGAGCAGUAGUUCGCCCACCAGGAGCCAGCGGGUGUUGUGAAACAAAUAUUAGAUUUUGUGUUAUAUAGUCUUGCAUAUUUCAAUUGAUAUUCCCAGUCUGUUUAUCACUAGGACUGUCUCCUUCCUCUUCAAACAAAGCAGUGGACUCUUUCUCUUAGAAAAUCAUAUUGUGGAAAUGUGUGUCUUUUUUAAAAAGUAAAGUAUUGGGGCAGCAGUUGUUUUAAAAAGUCAUCCUAUGCUAUAUUUGUCAUUGCUAUUGCUGUCUCAGCAGUUACCUACAGCUCCAUUUACAGAGCUGUUGCUUUUUUGCAGGUGUGUCUUUUUUUUUUCUUGAACAACUAGUAACUUCUUUGCAUACUUCUUGUGUAGAGCUUUUAAUAUCACUUGAGGAAGUUCCCAAUUUGCAGGCAGUUCCAGUCAAAUUUAAACACUGAGUUAAGAUGUGUGUGUGGAAUUGUGCUUGCAGUAGGUAAGGCUUGCCUUUCAGCCUGGCCUUGCUUUACUCACAGUGCCAAUCAGAUAAAUCCACCAAGGUCUCAGUUUAGAGCCUCAGAAGCAACACCAGCAGCAGGGCCUUGGGGACUCCUUCCAGUCUCCUAGAUGCCCAUGGGAUCACCAGCAGCUGCUUUGUACUUUGCCUCAUCUCCAAAGUUGGUGUUCUAUGGAAAGAGGACAUUUUACACACACACACACACACACACACACACACACACACAUGCGCGCGCACACACACACAGAUUGAGGUAAUGAAAAUGGUUCAACUGUACAGCAAACUUAGAAUAGUCAGUGGUUUGUGUCUCAAUACUUCAUGUUGCAGUGUAAGCCUUUACAUACUAAACGGGAUUUUAUUGUUAGUUUACAGGUCAAUAACCUGCAGCAGAUAUUCAUACUCUAUUAUAAUAAUGGCUUCUUGGGGUUAUACUUUGGGGAGGAAAAAUGUCUUUUGACAUGGCUUUAUAUUUGCCAUGUGUAUGACAGCUGAGCUGCCUGUAGAGUUAUGUACACAUCCAUGCCUGAAGUUGAUGCUCUUUUGUCAAGAUGAGGAAUAAGUGACUGCCUAGAGCUGCUGGAGGAAGCCACCCUUUCUAAAGAAAAGAUUACCCAGCAUCUUGCAUUCAGGGCCCUGGUUGAUAGAAGGGUUCUUGCUUUUUACAAAUUUAGUACAUUUACUCUGAAAUAUGCAGACACUGGUCUCUAAGUGCCCACUGCUCUGGCACUGUUCUAGGGGAUGCCCGCUCUUGCACCUGGACUUUUCUGUGCUUCAUUAGGUGCUGAGUGGGACAGAGCUUGCUCACUGAAUAUGAUGGCAGGCCGCUUUAUCGUGUUCCCCCUAAAAAUUACAGCUCUUGUCAGUGGUAGCUCCAGGAUUUCCUCAUCUGAGGGGUUGGUGUGAGUCUAGGUGAGGAGGGGACUUAAGCUAAGUUUAUGUGGCACUUUAUGUAAGACUGAGACCAUGUCAAUUGUCCCUAACAAGGAAUAGGGUGGAGGGAGGGUACAUGGAGAUGGUGGGGUGAGGAGCAGUGCUGAAGCCAAAGCAGCAUCCCUGUUCUCAUGUGGUGGGGAGUGUACUGCCCCCUGCAGGCUGCACCCCAGCCAUGGAGAAGGUGGAAUGUCUGUUGAAUACAAUAUAGCACGACUGAAUUGUUUAGUGGUGAAAGUGGGUCUUACUGUCAUAGGUGCAUUCUUACCUAGUUGUCCCCAUAGUGUCCCGAGGCACACACUUCUAACACACUUUUUUGGAUUUGAGGGAGAAAUCCUUGGACAUAAUUUCAUUUUCUUUGCACUAAGCUUUGUGGCUCAUGCAGAGAUUGGUCCUGUGAGCAUAGCCUAGUAAGACCUCCAUUCAGGUCGAAUCUUUUCUUCAUGGCAUAUUGUCUGGCAGUUCUCCUUUCUACCUGUAAUUAAAAAGUAACAUAUAUACAACUUUAUAUUUUAAACAUCUCUAUGAUGUAAAGGUAGGUGACUGCUGCCAUUUUACAGAGACAAGAGCAAUCACAGUUUAGUGAUUUGCUCAAAAUUAUAUAAUCAAGCCAGUAUUAAAAUCCCAGACUUUCAGACUUUCUCUGCCCUGGGUUUUAAUCUCUUGUUUGUCAUUGAGAGAUCUGAGUCGCUCUGAGACCCAUGUUUUUGAAACAGUAUGUGAUGGGGUAGCCCACUUGGUUCCCCCUGCCUGCUGUCUCCCUGUGGCGGGCAGUUCUUUUAUCCCUCAAUAAAUUCUGUUUCCACCAAAAAUAUUAAUAAUAAUAUAGUAGAGAGAGAGGAAACAGUAUGCCCUGAAUGUUUAUCAUCUUUCUUGGGCAUGCUUUUCUACAUAUUUCAAAUACCUUCAACAGGGAUCACCAAAAUAUGUCAUAUCUACCUAUAAUAAUUGGGGAAGAAAAUUAAUUGCCUAAGAAAAUAGCAAUUAAGCACAUUAGUACUUUGCAACACAAGUUUUUAAAUUGUGUUCUUGUAAGCAGCUGCAUGAGCCUGCUUACAGAAUUACUAACUUAUCUGCUGGUUUUCUGUAUGAGUCAAUUUCAGAGGAACCUUAGAAACGAGUUAUUUUGAACCUUAAAUUUUAAGUCUUUUUUAUAUAGCAAACUAUGUAAUGUCAUAAAUUAAGAAAAGUCUGUUAGCUUUUAACAAAAUAUAUAAUUUCAAAAUCAGGUUUUGUAGUAUGUUAAAAAAUAAUUCCUUUGAGGUUAAUCCUUGAGCUUAUAUGUAUUUUAUCUGCUUGAAAGUAAUAACAGGCUGAGUUCCAUGUUCUUAUUUCAGGGUUCUGGAUUGUCCCAACUGUCUACACAUCUGCCUGUCUGAAUCCUAAUCCUGUGUGUUUUCCAAAUAGGCAGAACUCAAGACAUCAUCUACUGUCAUUCAUAAAAGUUAGUUUUGCUUAUGAGUUUAAGGGAAUUUAAGAUUAUUUUUCAGAUGCAGUAUUUUAAAGGGAACAGCUUUAUUUGCAUCACAAUUCUUGUUGCUUUUUGAUGAGAACUGUUCAGAAGAGGAAAUUAGUAGCAGAUUAAAUGGUGCCAAAUUUGGGGACAGAUUAUGCUAUUUGAGGUAUGUGCUUUUAACUUGAAUUCUUUAGAAAUCAAAUGCAUUGUUUUGCUGGGUUGUGAAACAGGCUGCAAACAAGGCCAGGUAGGCAGCAAAAUGACCAAAAGCUUAAAUAAAUCUAACCUGUGCUGCUUAUGGCAUCUUUGGUAACUAAAACUCCACACAUAGAACAGGGAAUGAAAUUCUUUAUGAGUCCCAAGUAGAUUAGAUUAAUCUGACACAUCUUUGCAUUUUACUUUCAGAAACACAAUUGAGACCACAGCCGUGGGAGUCUGACGCUGCAAAGGAAAGGGGCAGUUAUCACAGAAGUCGCUCGGAGAAGGGAGCUAGGCCGGCGCUGGCACUGUUGACGUGCUUCUGAGCCAUAUGUGUUUUGUUCCCUGGGCUUUGUAGAAACAGCAUUAGGGGCCAUCGUCAGUAUUCUGUGUCUGGUGAGCUCUGUCUGGGCUGGGAUGAGAGCAGCGUGGCUUAACCGGCAGCUAUGAAUGUAGUCUAGUUAGGAGCAUGGCUUGCAGGACCUGUGUCAUGGUUCAGGGAUGGCAGGAGGGAUGAUAGAAGCGGUUUGCGCUUGCUGUCAGCUGCUUCCUUUGCUAAUGCUCGAGCUGUCCAUUUUACUUGUCAGUAUUUCCUUAUCUCCCACUCCAGUCUUGACAGUGGAGUUACUAAUGGUGGCAGCAAUCAAGAGGGGAUCCUACCCAAUGAGACACUGGUAAAGAGGGAAGAGGUGAGGAAAGUGGUGGUUUCCUCUAUUAGCACCAACACACAGUGGCCCAGAGAUGCUUUUGCUUAUGUU